UGAUCCACCCUACCAGGUUGAUUUGUCGACUGAUGAACUGGUUCUGGAGUGUGUGUACAAUACACAAAACAUGUACAGUGUGUUCUCAGGAUCAUUGGAAUCGAAACAACCACAGAAAUGUCAGGCAGUGUUAUCCUAUACUGGAAAUGAUCUGAAGGUUAAGUCUUGUCUCAGUAAACCGAAAACCUCCACUAUUCAGGAUUCCCUAGGACUAAAUGUUUCAGAUACUGGAGACCUGAAUAACCAGGAUUCCUUGGUCACAUGGUUUGGAAAACAAAUGGAUGAAAAAAGAAAAGAAAUAAACUCGGAGAUCAGAAGUAAAAGUUUGAGUGGAGUUUGUAUGUUUGCGAUGGAUAAAAAGCUGCUGGAUAAUAUUGGAUCUAUCCCCAAGGAGAAGAUGCUGUUUGAAAAUGACUGCAGCCUCAACAAAGCAAUUAGUUCCAAAAUAUCAGAAACUGGAUUAUUAGAAAAUAAUAAUCUAAAGAAUAAUAUCACUGAAAGUAAAGAUAGUUUUCAGUUUCCAAGCCUUGAACUAGAAUCUGUCCUGGCAAUAGUGGAGGAAAAUAACAUUGCUCGUGAUACGUCUUUUGGAAGUUCUGAAGGAGAAUUGAAAAUAAGUUCUGAAAACGAGAUUGCAACUGCAGACGCAGAUACGAUGAUAAGUUCUGAAAACGACACAGAAUUAAAGAUAAGUUUCGAAAACGAGAUUGCAACUGACACAGAUAUAAAGAUAAGUUCUGAAAAAGACGUUGCAUCUGAUACAGAUUCGAUGAUAAGUCCUGAAAACGAGGUUGCAGCUGACGCAGAUACGAUGAUAAGUUCUGAAAACGAGGUUGCAGCUGUAACAAAUAAAAUGAUAAAUUCUGAAAAAGACGUUGAAGCUGACCCAAAUACAAGUUCUGUAAACGAGGUGGCAGCUGACACAGAUCCAAAUACAAGUUCUGAAAAAGAGGUUGCAGCUGACACAGAUCAAAAUACAAGUUCUGUAAACGAGGUUGCAGCUGACACAGAUCCAAAUAAAAGUUCUGAAAAAAAGGUUACAGCUAACACAGAUUUAAAGAUUAGUUCUGAGAAAGUUGAUUCAGAAGAUGACAGGAAUGAUAUUGUUUUCCCUUCCGGGGAUGAUAUUGCUCCUAUUUUAAGCCUACACAUUAAUGCAGAUAACAAUGAACAGUCUGAAUCACAGGACGAAUCUAAACCAACAUCAGAUUCAGAUCAAAUCAUCAUUUUUGAAAAUGACGAGGAUGAAAACUAUGAUGAAUAUGCACCUGAAGUAGAUUGGGUUGACAAAGACUCUCUUAAUGCUGAUCUAGAAUCUAAACUAACAAGACAGACUAGCGUGGGAUACCAGGAUAUGGUUUCUCAGGAACCAAGAAUUAAAGAUAUAGAUCUUCAACCAAAUCUAGAGAUUAUGGUUGAAGCUUUAGAAGACACAGAUAGCUCUGAACCUGAAUCUGAACCAAGUGCAGAGCCUGAAUCUGAAUCAAGCGCUGAAUCUGAACCUGAACCUGAAUCUGAACCAAUCGCUGAACCUGAACCUGAAUCUGAACCAAGCACUGAACCAGAACCUGAAUCUGAACCUAAAUCUGAACCAGAACCUGAAUUUGAACCAAGCGCUGAACCAGAACCUGAAUCCGAACCAAGCGCUGAACCAGAAACUGAAUCUGAACCUAAACCUGAACCAGUAUCAACCACAACUAUGAAAUUACAAUCAACCUCUAUUCCAGCAACCACACCUAGACCUGCUCCGACCCAACCUAGAGUUACUGAAACAGUAAGACCGACCAGCACGUCUGGAACUGAAACACCGUCGCUUAAAUCUUCUAAUCUAGGAGAAAAUCCGUCUGCUCUUCUAUCUGCUAAGCUAGAUAGGAAUUCUGCUUCGUCCCUAUACCAUUCACCUGCUAGAAUCGCUCUUUUAUUCCUAGUACAAAUAAUUAAUUUCAAAAAGCAAUAUUUUUAACUAAAACAUUCAUCAACCUUUGGUUAAAGUAUCUACAGGGUGUCUCAUUAAAGGUUAUCAUUGAUAAACACUAUAGCGAUCGUCUUUGAGAGCUCCCUUAUGAAAAAUGUAAAUAAAAAAAGCCACACGACUUGUUGACAUUUCAAAAUACGAUCAAUGUUCCGCCUGAAAAGCUUAUAAAUCGAGCAACCUAUUUUUGAUGCACAUUUCCUAAUUUGCUAUUAAAUUUAAAUAAUGAUCUUUGAGUAGAUUCUGCCUUGCUUAAUGUAACAUUCUUGAUUUUUUUAUUCAUAUAAUUAUUUGUGUAGUUAACUUGUUAACUUCAAAAUUUAUAUUUUUAAUCCAAACACCUAGAUAAAUCUAUAUAUUCUUAAAGUAAAUAUAUGAUUAUGAACGCACAGAUAUGCGCCAAAGAAAACAAAUCAUUUUUAUAAAAUUGUUGAAAUUUGGUAUAAAAAUAAUUAUGAGAAAAAAAUUCAAACCGAAGCAAAACACGCUAAAUCUGUUUUUCAAAUUGUCAUAGAUAAAUUUGAAGUUCUAAUAAACUUGCAAAUUAAAGUUUAUGUUUUUUUACUUUCUUUGUCCCACUAAUUCUUUAUGAACAUUCUAUGAUGCUUUAAAAACUAUUUAUUAAAAUGAUCAUUGUUAUGAGUAAGAUAUUCUUGUACUGUACUUCAUUUACUAACAUAUUGUAGAGAAACAAAGUAAAUAAACGGUUCUGUCUGAUUUUUUUGUAAUCCGAUAUGCAUGACAUUGAUGUCAAAAAUUAUUUUAAGUGAAAAAAAUUCAAAUCAUUGCAUGUAACAAUUGUGUGACUUAUUCAAAAUUGCAAAGUUUUAAAGUAAAAAUAUAUUAAAACAUAUUCUUGUAAAUGAGGAUCAGAUGGA